AUGGCCUCCUCGAUAACUAACGUUGAACCUCAAAACGAGAGAGGCCAUGUUUUCAGGUUUUCCCCUCUGCCCCGAUCAGAAACCGAAACUGAUCGAGGAAACCAUGAACACUUAUCAGUUUCCGUCGAAUCAAUUGGCAACAGGUCAGGUUCAGGCAUGUCCGAAUAUUGUUAUACCCAGGAAAUAUUCAGCAUCAGCGAACGUGCCUGCGAAAUGAUUCAAGACUUGCUAGGCCUCACUUUGUUGAUGAUGCUAAUAUUGUUACCCGUAUACAAGCGUUUGGGGACGCCAAAGGAAGAUCCUAUUCCCCCAGUUUUGGUUCUCAAUUCGAUGUACCUUUCCAACUUCACCACAGGGAGUGGAGGGCUCGCUGCCGCGUGGGAUGCCAAGUUUAGGGUCACAAACACCAACGUUUCGACCAUCUACUUCCGCAUUCUUGAUUUCACAAUAUUCUAUAAAAAGAACCCAGAACAUGCUCUUUCGGUGGCCUCUUCGAAACCCUUUUACUUGGAAAAGGGGCAGUAUGUGAAGUUGCAUUUGAAGUUCACAACUGGAGGGGAGAAUAAUGAAACCUUCGUGGAGAAUUGGUUGGCGGAGGAGAUGGGAAAGGAUAAGGUGAAAGAUGGGUCUAUCAGCUUUGGAAUGCGAGUGAGGGUGGAGGCGAUUUACUACGGGGAAACAUGGGUCUCGGAUGUGGUGAUGAGUCCUCAUUGUGAAGACUUAACGGUUACGUUUCUUCGUGAUAAUGAUUCAGGAAGGUUGGCUAACCCUAAUAGGAACUUCACCAUUCCUAUCAAGUGGAAGCCUUUCUCUUUCUUUUGA